UUGGGGUCUGCAUACUCCAAAAGACCUGAAGCAGAGAAGAUUGUGACCAUUGUUUUUGAUGAUGGGUUCAAUAAAAGUGGAGAGGAGUUGACUGCGGUAAGUAACAAACACAAAAGUAAAGUUUAUACAAUCUUGUCUAUUUGCUGAUUUUAUUUUUUAGGGGUUGAUUUUGUAUUAAUUUAAAAUUUGUUUUAAUUUUUUUAGGUGACAGAACCUUUGGUGAGGGUUCUUCGUAUGGUGGAUGGAGAGGGCAUGCCAAUGGGUUUCAUUUAUGAGGCCAUGGAUAGGGCCAAAGAGGCCAUUUCACAUUACUAUCGUGGAAAUGCAAGAAAAUGUGAAAUCUUUUGGCGCAUCAUUGAUCGUAGGUGGACAAACCAACUCCACCAACCGAUACAUGCCUUCGCCUACUUUUUGAACCCGAAAUUCUACUUCUCUGAUUCAUUUAGGACUGAUGAGGAGGUCAUGGCAAGUGUUAUUACAUGCAUUGAUAAGAUGACACCUGAUCUUGAGUUGAGAGACAAGGUUCUUGAUGAGUUGGAGAUCUACAAAAGUGCAGAGGGGAGACUCUUCUCAUCACAACUAGCAAUUGAUAGGAGAGGAAAACAACAACCAGAUUUAUGGUGGGAGAAUUAUGGUGCCGGCACGCCUAAUCUUCAAAAGAUAGCUAUCCGUGUUUUGUCUCAGCCAUGCAGUGCUUCUGGGUGUGAACGAAAUUGGAGUGUCUUUGAAAGCAUUCACACAAAGAAGAGAAAUAGAUUGUCACAAAAGCGGCUCAAUGAUCUAGUAUUUGUUCGGUACAACCUUCGCCUUCGAGUUAGACAGGUGGAGGGUGUUUCACAUGAGGCCAUUGACUUGGAUGAAAUUGAUCCAUAUGGUGAUUGGACCAUGAAUGAACAAAAUGAUGGUGAUGAUGUCCUCCUUACCGAAGAAGAAAUUGCAGAAAUAGAGAGAGGAGCAGCACAAGAUGCAGAAGGAGCAAGAUUGGAUGAAGAUGAGGACGAAGAUGAGGAUGAUGAUGAGGACUAUGACUUUGAAGAAGAAUCAUCUCACCAUUUAGAUACCACAACACCCACUGCUACUACUUCUAGCUCAAGGCCUGAAAAAUUGAGCUAUAUUAGGAAAAAUACAAAGAGGAAGAUGUAGUCUUCUCUUUGGUUUGUUCAUUCACAUUGCUGUUUUUCACAUUUGCAGUUGGACUUGGACAUAUCAUUAUAUGUAAU